AUGAAUCAUCAAGAAAUGAUAGAUGCAGAAUCAGAAUCAUCAUCUUCAUCUAAUCAAGUGAACCCAAUUCAUCAUGAUGAUGGAUCGUCAAAGACUUCAUCUCCAUCAUCGUCAUCUCCAAAUGUGGCAAUGAAACCAAAUCAAGUGAUAUUGCGUAUCUAUUUUAUAGAUGAUACGCACAAGACUCUAUCCAUCGAUCCAAACACCAUCAAUGGUGAACAACUUUGGGAUAUGGUUUCUGAAAAGGUUGGAAUCAAUAAUAGAGAUGCCGAAUGUUUCUUUGUUUGGGCUCAAAGUGAUGAAAUUGAAUGGUUAUUAUAUAAUCAUCAAAAGAUAUCAGAUGUAAUUAAUAAUUGGAAUGCUAUCAAGAGUAGAUAUAUAGAUAAUCCAAAUGGAGCAGAUUCACCUCCAUUGUCACCUGGAGCGACACUGAAGAAAUUGACACCAACACUUGGAAGAAAAUCAUCGUCGUUGUUGGAAAGUUUGCGUGGCAGUAAAAAGGAAAAGGAGCAAAGCAAGUCCAUGUCGACUGCCGUUGCUAUUGAACACAAGUCCAACAAGGUACAUGCAUCGUUUCCAACGUUGGGUGAGGUUGGCAUGUUUAGAUUGGUGUAUCGUGCCACAUCGGUACUACCACUUCAACUCGAGAAAAAUGUAUCAUCACCCGAAGCAAUUCAUCUAUUGUAUAUUCAAGCCGUACAUCAUGUCGUACAAAGCAACUAUCCCUGCGAAGAGGAUAUUGCCGUAAAAUUGGCAUCGAUUCAACUCCAAGUCAACGUAGGAGACAACAAACAGGAACAUACUAUGCAUUUACGCGAGUCACUCAAUCGUUACAUACCCCAACAUCUUGUUUCCAAGCAUACAGCUGCCGAGUGGGAGAAUAUCGUUCUUCCACAACACGUGCUCUUGCGUGGAUCCAAUAUUUCACAACUAAAAAAGGCUUAUCUCGAGUCUUGUCAACGUUGGAUCUAUUAUCAAUCCACCUUUUUCAAUGCCAAGUUUGUUCCUGUCAAUACUUCAUUCUUUACUCAAGAUUUUGAAGGUCGUGUUAGAAUUGGUAUUAAUAGUUAUGGUUUCCAUAUUAUUGAUCCAAAAGUUAUGAAAAUUGUAUCACAUAAUUAUAAAGAUAUUAUUUGUUGGGAUAAUACAUCUUCAUCAUUUUCAAUUCAAGUGAUGACAACCAACAAACAAAAUGCACAAAAAUCUUAUAUGUUUAAGACUACCGUAGGAGAAUUGAUCAAUGACCUUCUUCACGAUUGGCACGCAGAUUGGGAGGUUGAUAUGAAAAAGAAUUAA